CCCGCGCUUUACCCAUAUUAUGGAAAUUCCAUAGCAGGGCACGCACCAAUUCGAAAUGCUAUCUCCACCGUUUUUUACACAAGUGUUGUUUGCAUGUUUUGUAAUAUGCAGCAAGUUUAAAUAGUUAGUUAUAGUAAACAAAUUUCCUGCACAUUUUUUGUAGCUGCGUAAUAAAACUUCGGUAUUUUUAACAUAGUCAUGGUUCAAGAAGAUCCUCUGUGUGAUCGUUGUAGUGACUCUUGCUAUGGAGAUAUUGUUAAUGUUGAGGGGAAAUAUUACCAUCAGUACUGUUUUUCCUGUAUAAAAUGUAAAAAAGAUCUUCUAAAAAAUGGAUAUUUUUUCAUUGAUGGUGAGUUCUAUUGUAAUGAGGAUUACUACAAGCUGAUGGGGACGCAAUGUGGUGGUUGUGGAAAAUACGUUGAGGGUGAAGUAGUUAGCGCUUUAGAUACAGUUUAUCAUCCUGAUUGUUUUGGCUGUGGCAAGUGCAGGAAAAUAUUUCCACCUGGAAUGAAGAUAACGUUUGAUGGCGACAUAUUCUUGUGUGAAGACUGUAACAAAUCAAUUGAAGAACACAAAAGAGCACAACAAAAAGAAGUUAACGGAGAAAAAGCAAUAAUUACAAAGACUAGUAAAAACAGUGACACCAGUGCCAGCAAUUGUGCUGGAUGUGGCAAUGAUAUAAAAAGUGGCCAGGCAUUGUUAGCUUUGGAGAAACAGUGGCAUUUAUGGUGUUUCACUUGCAAUAAAUGUGGCUGUUUGCUUGCAGGAGAAUAUAUGGGCAGAGAUGGAGUUCCAUACUGUGAACAGGAUUAUCAGACGGAAUUUGGUGUUUCGUGUGCAGGUUGUGGGGGUUAUAUAACUGGCAAGGUUUUACAGGCUGGUGAAAAGCAUUACCACCCACAGUGCUCCAGAUGUGCAAAAUGUGGACAGAUGUUUGGUGAAGGGGAAGAAAUGUAUUUACAAGGAUCGGAAAUAUGGCAUCCUCAAUGUAGUGAAGAAUACCAAAAGGAAAAUAAAGAAGCUGACAAUCAAUGGCUGGCUGAAAAUGAGUUUCAGCAUAACAGGCACGAUGAUGAACCAGUCACAACAUCUUCACCACGAAGCCCUCGAAGUCGAGUUCAAACAAAAUUUUCUAAUUCCGAUGAUAGCAAGCCAGCGUUCAACGGUACUACUUUGUAUAGUUUCAACGGAAAUGUUGAGCCAGAAAGAAAAUCACAGCCCUACCAAAAUGACGACAACAACAACCUCGAUGAAAAAACAUUUAAUAAUUAUAAUAAUCAUGGCAGACAAUCACUUCAUUCUUCUGAAGGGUCUGGUGAUGACAAAUCAAGUAUUUGGCAACCACCUUCAUAUCAAGCCGCCACGUCUAAACCCGCUGGUUUCCGCUCCGUAAAACCGCCACAAAUAUCUGCAUCGGUUUCUGUUAAACCUGCCCAAAAUAAGACUCUUUCUCGAUCAAUAGAUGACGAGGAAGAUGCGCCUCCGCCUGUGCCACCUCCACCAACGAGAACCAGCAGUAACGCUUUCAAAGAAAAGUAUGCAUCAGGUGUAUAUAGUGCUACACCCUUUCAAAAACAAGAGCCGGCAAAAACCAGGCCAUUGUCUUAUAUUGAAUCAGCGGCAGCUAGAAACACAUCGAUUGAAAAAUCGCCUACAGUGACUAGCAGAACGACCAUAUCUAUCAAUACUCGAAGUACCAGUAGUACAAGCAGCAACAAUGAUGAGAAGGACGGCCCUGGUGUAAAGGUGUACAAGAAAGGGGCAGGUGUCAAUAAAUUACAAGCACGCAAGUCGAUGAACCUGCAAAACCCGAAGCAAAAUGGUUUUGGCCCUCCUGUGGAUAUAGAUCACGAGGUACAAAGAAAGCUCAAAGAAGAUAGCACAUAUCCUUACGAAGUUUUAAAGACAAAUAGCUAUAGAUUGCCAUUGGAUGUAGACAAAACGAGGCGCGAGGUAUAUCUUAGUGAUCGCGAAUUCUACCAAGCCUUCCAAAUGACAAGAGAGAAAUAUUACGCCUUGCCCAAAUGGAAACAGGAUGACCUAAAGAAAAAGGCUAUGUUGUUUUAAUAAUUUUAAAAGAUACUUCGAUUUCGCUCCUAAAUGGGUAUAAAUGUAUGUGCUACGAUGUCAUAUAGUAUACACAUGUGCACUGUACAUAAUCUGUUCAUACUGAUUUGCAGUUUAACUUUUUAUAAACUGAAUAUCUCUAAUUUCUAAGAGUCAAACUUUUAUGCAUAUAUAUGAAGAUAUAAAUAUAUAUAUGACACUCAUCCAGUGAAAAUUGUUGUGUGCUAAGAUAUUCAUGGUGGUCACUACUCUUUGACACCUCUUGAAACUCCUGGAAAUGUGGUAUGCUGCAGCAAAACUCCUAAAAAGUUGCAGGAUAAACACUGGAAUUUUUUUUAGUUUUCGGGUUAUGACUACUGUUUAUGUUUUAUUCCCAUUGAAAUUUCUGUUUUUGUCGAACGAAAUUACUCCUGUAAAAAAAGUCGAAAAGUUCUGAAAAAGUCCUGGGAGUAACUUUUUGAAAAUAAGUGGCCAUUGUGGUAAUGUUUAAUUGUGUGUUUUAGUAUUGUCAUAAUCUAACGUCUGGUGUCUGUGUUAGGUAUAUUUUGGAUUAGUCUAUUUGGAUAGGUGAUUAAAUAGUUCACAAUAAGUUAUGGCUUCAUAUUUUAUCCACCAAGUAAAAAGGAAAACACCUCCCUCCCCCACGUAUGAUUUUUUUUAUCUCCUGUGUGUAUUUCAUAUGACACGAAAUGUUGUAUUUGUAUGCGUUUGUUGUACUUCCUACUAAAUUUUUCUCUACCUGUUUUUUCUCGUUCCUAUAUUCUGUGAAUUUGUUCAUGCUACAUGUUUGUUUGUAUUGCAUGGCGAAGUGGUUGCUAAUUGGGAUAGUGAAAAUAUUGUUACAAGUUUAAUCCGGUGUCUUGCAUGAAUCGCUUAAGGAUAGAAACAUUUAUAGGCAAAAUACGAAAUUUAAGGAAUGGAAUUUCGCGGGAUAUAAAAUUUAUCACGUUUCAUGCUUCAAGAGUUUAAUUGCUUAUUCGACAGAAACAAGCAAAUAAUACUAGAAAACAACUUAUAGCGGGUGGAAAAUUAUUAGCGAUUUCGCGAAACUUUUACCAUUUUGUUAUUUGAAAUGGUCCAAAACAAAAUUUCGCGAGAGGAGUUAAAUAGCAAAAUUUACGAAAGUUUCUGCCCGUUUAUAUAACAUCGUCGCAUCGCCCUUGCAUUUCUCAGGAUUGGUCGUGCUCUGUUAUUCUUUUGGUUCAACUAUGAAAAGUAAAUAAUAUAUAUUUUUGCUGAUACCUUUUGCGUCAGCAGCUUACAAUUGGAACAUAUUUUAUAUGUAAUGUCGACUUUGAACGAGGUAUAAAUGUCUUUUUUGUUCACUGGUUAUUAUUAUUAUUAGUAUAUGUGUUUGUAUAUUAUAGAAGGCGAUAUAUACUGUUCAAUAUUUAUGACUUCACCACUGAGUAUUAUAUAGGCUGUAUUUUUCUAGUUAUUUUGCGUGUUGUACGAGUGGCGUGAUUUUCAGUUGAAAUUCGGUGUGAUAUUGUUAUUCGCUUAGUAGACUUAUUACUAGAAUCGUUCUUUUAAAAGUAGUGGUCGUGUGUUUCGCAUCUAAAAUAAACACUGACAGUAAAUUUGCAAGAAGAAAAAGGAUAUGGAAUCCUGCUGAAUUUUUUUAGCCCUCUGAGAGCUUUGUUGUUAUUGAAUCGUUUAUCUUAGUACUGAACGUAAAUAGAAAACUUUCACUAACCAAGGAGGUUGACUGACUGAAUCGCCAAAAACCGAGCACACUUUUUCGUAUUGCACACGCUUAUAUUAUCGAGUUGAUUUGUGAUAAAUUUUGUUUAUAAUAAUAAUUGUUCUGCAUUUUAAUUGAUUGUAUUUUAUCUUUUUUUAUUUAAAUAUGGAAUUUUGAGUU